GCGGUCGGCGCCGGGCUGUCCGGCGGGCGGGCGGUGGGAGAUGGCGGAGUAUCUGGCCUCCAUCUUCGGAACAGAGAAGGACAAGGUGCGGAGGAUUUCCCCGACUGCUGCAUCCUGAUCCUCAGGCUUCUGCCUGCAGCCUUCCACGCGUCGGGAACGCCUCUAGUUUCUCUGGUUGUUGGAAGCGUACUUACAAAACCCUCCUAUCGAAAAUUUGGUCACCGUCGGCCUGACCAAACCAACGUGUUUUUCCACUCGUAAAAAUGAAAGGGGGCAUCGAUGUGCUACUGGACUAAAUUACUCUUGUCGGCCCCUGGCCGUGGGGCUUCUGUUUUCUUUCUACUUUGUAGUGCUACAAGCUGGUUCCAAUUUGCUCGUCUGUCAGAAAAGCAGUAUCGGCAGCCUCUCUUGAGCUCUGUUACUUAGCAUCCUUUAUGAUAGAAUGCAUUGCCGUUUUAACAGUGUUAGUACGUGCCAAUACAGCGAGCAUGGAAUUCCUGUACUGGUCUUUGUAUUCAAAAAGCAAGCAGACUUCUCCAGAAAAUGUGGAAAUUGGAGGCAGUAUUGGAAAUUCUAUAGUUAGGUGUUUUUUUUAUUUCAGGAUAGAGUUCAGAAAAGACAAGUCAACUGUUCAUUUUACUUCAAAAUUGGAGCUUGUCGUCAUGGAGACAGAUGUUCUCGGUUGCACAACAAACCAACAUUUAGCCAGGAAGCGAUGCUGUUGUAAGCUUGCCUGUAGUAGAGACCAACCAGUGCUAACUUUCAGACAACUUGAUUUUAAGAAGAACGGUACAAAUACCAUCUUGAUUCAAAACAUCUAUCGUAACCCCCAAAACAGUGCACAGACGGCUGACGGCUCACACUGUGCCGUGAGCGAUGUGGAGAUGCAGGAACAUUACGAUGAAUUCUUUGAGGAGGUCUUCACAGAAAUGGAAGAAAAAUACGGUGAAGUGGAGGAGAUGAACGUUUGUGAUAACCUUGGCGAUCAUCUAGUUGGAAAUGUAUACGUAAAGUUUCGCCGUGAAGAGGAUGCAGAAAAGGCUGUGAUUGACCUGAACAACCGCUGGUUUAAUGGACAGCCCAUUCAUGCUGAGCUUUCACCUGUGACUGAUUUCAGAGAGGCCUGUUGUCGUCAGUAUGAAAUGGGGGAGUGUACACGAGGAGGUUUCUGCAACUUUAUGCAUUUGAAGCCCAUUUCUCGAGAGCUAAGACGUGAGUUGUAUGGACGUCGUCGUAAAAAGCAUAGAUCCAGGUCAAGGUCCCGUGAACGCCGGUCUAGAUCCAGAGAUCGUGGUCGUGGAGGUGGUGGUGGUGGAGGAGGACGCGAACGUGAUAGGAGGCGAUCAAGAGAUCGUGAAAGAUCUGGUCGAUUCUGAGCCAUGCCAUUUUUACUGUAUGUCUGCUAGAAAGUGUUGUAGUUUGACCAAACAAGUUCAUAAUGAGAUUUUUUUUAAAGAUGGGCUUCUGAAUAAAAAAUUUGUAGUGAUACAGUAUUCUUUGUGUAACUUGUUUCUUGUGGGGGGAGUCUUUUUAACUGUCAUUCCUCUAUCUUGACAAAUACAUGGAUUAACUAUGCCUGAGGGAAAGGUGGUAAAUGUGUUGGAGGAGCGCCGGUUUGGGUUUGUGGUUGUUUGGUUUGGUUUUUUUUUCUUUCCCCCUUUGUU